AUGGCAAACAGCUUCAUACAGUACCUUCGAGGUGAUCACAAUGCGCCCGGAGAACGCAAGCUGGUCCAGAAGCUUGACUUCUUUAUCCUUACCUUCUGUUGCCUCAUGUACUUUCUGAACUACCUCGAUCGAACCAAUCUGAACAACGCAUACGUCUCUGGCAUGAGGGAGGAGCUCCACUUUAAAGGAAAUCAACUCAACCAGAUCAACACCGUCUUCACUGUAGGCUACACGGUCGCUCAAGUCCCUUGCAACAUUGCACUGUACUACGUCAAGCCAAGAUACUUUUUCCCCGCAUGCAUGGUGGCAUGGGCUGGAUUGACGAUGGUGACAGCUGCAGCUCAGAAACCUCAACACAUAAUGGUCAUUCGCUUCUUCCAAGCCAUGUUCGAGGCAUCGACUUUUGUGGGAACGCAUUACAUUCUAGGAUCGUGGUACACCGGGAAAGAGCUGGGUAAGCGUUCAGGCAUUUUCACGGCGUCUGGGCUCGCUGGCACCAUGAUUGGUGGCUUCAUUCAGACAGGCAUUCACUCAAGUAUGGACGGACUGAACGGCUUGUCUGGAUGGAGAUGGCUCUUCGUUAUCGAUGGAAUUAUCACGCUGCCUGUCGCUCUUUAUGGCUUCUUCCUUUUCCCGGAUACUCCUAGGAAUACGAGAGCUCCAUACUUCAGUGCCGAAGAGAAGGCUCUCGCGAUUUCGCGCGUUCCAGAAGUUUCAGAACGUACGCCGAUUUCUUGGACUUUCUUGAAGCAUUGCUUCUCGACCUGGUACUGGUACUUCUUCGUCAUUCUCUGGAUCCUCGCUGGAGAGACCGAGUCUUUUAGCACUAAUGCGCUCUUGUCUUUGUACAUGAAGUCGCACCCGACUAAAAAAUACACUGUCACGCAGUUGAAUAACUAUCCGACCGGCAUUCCCGCGGUUGGUAUCGUAUCGACGCUCUUCUGGGCAACACUGACAGACUUCAUGGGCGGCAAGCGUUACCUUGUCGGAUAUUGGAUUGGCUUGACCGGCGUCAUCACAAGUGCACUAAUCCUAGCGUAUCCGGAGAACACCACCAUCCAUUUUGCAAUGUACUACUGGGCUGGCAGUGUCUACGCGUGUCAAGCGACCUUCUUUGCGUGGGCCAACGAUGUGCUUCGCUACGAGGAAGAUAGCUUGCGCGCUGUAGUUAUAGCCUCGAUGAACAUGGGUUCGAACGCCAUAAACGCAUGGUGGUCAAUCGUCUUCUAUGGUGCAAACUUCGCGCCUUACUUCACACGGGGAAUGUGGGCCAUGAUUGCAGUGUCAAUCGCAAUGGCUGCAUGGACAGCAUUGCUUGUAUGGCAACACGUCCGUACUGAGAAGAAAAGGGAGAUGGAAACCAUCUCCACAACGGUUGUGACUAAGGAGCAAGAUUUGGACCAAAAUUAUCACCUCGGUCACACUGUCGAGAAGGUUUAA